UCCGUACAUUCACAUCGCUGCUUCGCCGGGCGGGAUUUCCGCAAUAAUAUCAAGUAUGGCGAAGACAUACGACUAUUUGUUUAAAUUACUGUUAAUCGGCGACUCCGGUGUCGGGAAGACCUGUGUCCUCUUCAGGUUUUCAGAAGACGCCUUCAACUCAACGUUUAUCUCAACCAUAGGCAUUGAUUUCAAGAUUAGGACAAUAGAGCUUGACGGCAAGAAGAUAAAGUUACAGAUAUGGGAUACGGCUGGUCAGGAGCGUUUCCGAACAAUCACAACAGCCUACUACAGAGGAGCAAUGGGCAUCAUGCUUGUCUACGACAUCACCAACGAGAAGUCGUUUGAUAAUAUCAAGAACUGGAUAAGGAACAUAGAGGAGCAUGCAUCCUCUGAUGUUGAGAAGAUGGUCCUUGGCAACAAGUGUGAUAUCAAUGACAAGCGGCAGGUGUCCAAAGACAGGGGGGAGAAGCUCGCACUAGAGUAUGGAAUAAAGUUCAUGGAGACCAGUGCAAAGGCCAACAUCAACGUGGAAAAUGCAUUUUUGACGCUCGCCAGAGACAUCAAAUCAAAAAUGGACACGAAGUUGGAGGGCAACACGCCGCAAGGGAGCAGUCAUGGAGUCAAGAUCUCAGAGCCUCAGAAAAAGACCAGCUUCUUCCGCUGUAGCCUACUCUGAGGACUGAGGCCUUCGAUACUGGCUGCCAGCUGGCUGGACAUAAAUGGACUGUGCUUGCUCUUAGCACUUCCUUCCCCUUCCUUCUUUCUACCCAUCCAUGGCCUGUCCUCCCAGUCCUCACAAACCAUUAUAUUCCCAGUAAGCAGAGGACUUCCCUUCCUCUCUUCUUCUUCUGAAAGCUUCCAGUGGUGCAUCUCUUCCAUUUUAAGGAAAUCUGUUGUCUUCAUGGGUCAGAGUGCUUGACUGGUCGAGAACUCAGCCAGGAGCAUUGUCCAGAUGUCCCUUAUCACACAAAAGACAGGCUCUUACUUCUGAUGUUAGUCUCUUUGUACUACGCGCUCACAUUUCACACAGCCAGUAGCACAACUGAGGAUGAGAAAUCAUUCAAUUAAUGUCAAGGUUUUGGGAUUGCAAAUACAAAUGUGAUAUUUAGAUCUAUUUUUAUUAGUGCUCUUUUCCCUUUGUAAGUGAUAAUUGUCACCCAGAGACUGAUAGGCUUGAACUCCAGUGAAACAGAGUUGCACAUGCUUUCAUUUUCAUUCCAGCAGUUGAGAAUCAUAUCACACAUACGGCACUCAAGGAUCAGAGAGGAACUGGUUUGAAAAGUUUUCUGUUUGAGCUCUGCUCCAAAUAGAAACCUUUUGUAGUCCAUGACAAUCAUUUGAUUUGACUUAAAAUGUGUGUUUCAUCAUGCCCUGAUCAUCACACACUGCCCCCAGCUCUUUUUAACAUUCCUGCAAUAGCUUUCAGGUCCUGCAAAGCAAUCUGACAACACAAAACCUAAAAACACAAUCUAGAUUUCUGCCUCUGUAGAUAAAGUUCUGUCACAUCAGCAGAACAGUGGUGAGGUGAUGUGUGUCUGCUUAGGUUUGCUUGGUGUCGUAGCCAGCAGGACAGUAUUGUAAACCGUGCUGUGAAAGUGAAUUGCUACCAAUGUGUAGGUGCACUUUUUAGGAAAAUAUAAAGAUGUGCACACUGUAUAAUAUAAAUAAUCCUCCACAGUUAAUUACAGUGUAAUUAGAAUAGGGCUGCAUAUAACAAUUAUUUUUAUAAUCGCUUAUUCUCACACUUAUUUUCUUGAUUUGUGUAUUAAUUGUUUGGUCUAUAAAACAUCAGAAAAUAGUCUGUUAAAAGUUUCUAAAGCCCAAGGUGACAUAUUCAAAUGUCUAGUUUUGUGCAACAUUCGGUUUACUGUCCCAUAAAACAAAAAGAAAAGCAGCUAAUCUACAUUGGAGAAGCUAGAACUAGCAAAUGCUUCAAAAUUGACAUAAACUGAUGAUCCAAAAAAGUCCUAUCUCAGUUUGACUGACCGUUUCAGCUCUAGCGGUUACUUUAAAGUGUCACCUUUAAUUUGACUUGAAGGUUCUGUCGCAGCUCUGGUUCACAGUCAAGCUAAAUGACGUCUCCGGUGAUCUGACCAGCGUUUAAAAUCACUUGAAGUUUCGCACUGUAAGCCCCUUCUCCUGCUAUCCAUGCAGCUCUCCUUGCACUUUACCAGUAAUUCGUGUUUUGUGUGUAGUCUGUGCCAAGUGAUAGUUUUGCAAUACAAAAAUUAGUUUAAAGCAUUUCAAGCCUCGGUAAUAUAAUGGGCAUAAUUCCUAAAAAAAAAAAAAUUUAUACUACACUUACUUAUAAAUGACUUGAUCUCCUUUGCUAUUUCACUGCUAACGUGAUCCACUGUCCUGGUAUUAGAUCACUGAAAAACAUUGCCCUAACGUACUUCAACAGCUAUAUAUAUUUAUAAAAAGGAAAAAAUAAUAAGCAAGUCUCUGUUUCUAUGCUACUGCCCUGCCAAAAUGUAGUUUAAAAGUGAUGUUUUCUUGGCUUAUUAGAUGAACGCUGGCUUGAACGAAGUUGCAAAGAUGGUCCCCUUAGUAUUAUUGUACACUGUUGUGUGUUUGUGUUGUUUGAUUGUGGCCCUUUAGUUUGACAGCUAGGUGGCACCAGAGGCACAGUCUGCAAUAUAGGUGACCAUCUGAACUCCAAUUUUAAUCAGUAUUUUAUUCAGCGCGCGAGCCGCAUUGAACUAGACUUGUGCAAAUCCAAACAUGUACCCACUAUUUAACAUUGAUGUUAAGUCUCAAUCUGUUUCCUCUGUUCCUCAUGUUUUCCCUCUUACAUUUGUUACUAGUCUGAAAAUCAAACUCCUAUAUGCACAAUAUCGAGGGAGGAUCUGCUUUUGCUUGCCUGCACCUUUUUUUUUUUUGUCGUUCUUUUUUUUUUUAAUAUGAAAUAAUUUGGGACCUCAUGACUACCAUGGCCAUUUGUCUUAACCGCUAAUACUCAGUUCUGUCAAAGGUGAGCUAUGCAUUGUGAAUCUUGGACCUGUGCAUAUUUGUGUGAUGUAAUUUUCAGACAUAUUGUAGACCUGUACAGUUGAAUGUAUGGGCUUUUUGUUUUGUGUCAUUCACUGAGCCAAAAACAGGACUCUGUCUGUAGAAAUGGCAGUUCUACAACAGUGCAGGUGGAAUUGAGCAUGUCGGAAGACGAAGCAGGAAGAGUGUGGAUGUUGAAAGGAGGAGGUAGUGCUGUUGUCUCAUUCGAGUGAUACUGUAGCUUUAAGUCAUGAACAGAAACAUAGGGAGCAGACUGUUGUGGGACUCAAACUGCGUCAUUUUCAGCUGAAAUGAUACUCUGAUUAUGUUUUUAAAUCAUAUCCUUUAAUAACAUACUGUACAUCCCUUUUUACAGCCAUAUUUUCAUUCCAUUGAUUAUGAAGUACACAGGGAGAAUAAUACAUUUUGAAAAAAAAAAAACAAGGUGGAAAACAUUGUAAAUAUCACAUUGAAAAAAAGAGAUCUACUUAAAUUGUACUGUACUUUCUAAACCCAUAUGAAAAUGUAUCUACAAUUUGUAGAUAUGUGUACUUUUGAUUUAAUAAAAUAAGAUUAUAAAACUCA